UUACGGCAGCGUGCAGAAAAUGGCGGAAGGCGCGGACGGGGCGAGGGGGGAGGCGCAGGAACACGCUGAGGAGGUGAAGGCCAGGGCCAACCAGUAUUUCAAAGAUAAAGAUUACGACAAUGCCAUUAAGUAUUACACCCAGGCCAUCGAGUUGAACUCUGAGAAUGCCAUUUAUUAUGGGAAUCGUAGUUUGGCAUACUUACGGACUGAAUGUUAUGGCUAUGCCUUGUCAGAUGCCACCAAAGCGGUGGAGCUGGAUAAGAAAUACAUUAAAGGGUAUUAUAGGCGAGCAACAGCCAACAUGGCACUGGGCAAAUUUAAGGCUGCACUGAAAGAUUAUGAAACGGUGGUCAAAGUAAAACCAAAUGACAAGGAUGCAAAAAUGAAAUACCAAGAAUGUAAUAAAAUAGUUAAACAGAAAGCGUUUGAACGUGCAAUAGCAAACGAUGAGCUGAAGAGAUCAGUGGUGGACUCUCUGGAUAUAGAGAGCAUGACAAUCGAAGGUGAUUACACUGGUCCGAAACUUGAAGACGGCAAGGUCACAUUACAGUUCAUGAAGGACUUAAUGCAGUGGUUUAAAGACCAGAAGAAAUUGCACAGGAAGUGUGCUUAUCAGAUACUGGUCCAGGUGAAGGAGGUGCUGUCGAAACUGCCCAGUCUGGUUGAGAUCACGGUGGGCGAGAAAGAGUUCAUCACCAUUUGCGGGGACAUUCAUGGGCAGUACUACGACCUGUUGAAUAUAUUUGAACUCAAUGGUUUGCCGUCGGACUCUAAUCCUUAUUUAUUUAAUGGUGAUUUUGUAGACAGAGGCUCUUUCUCGGUGGAGGUUAUAUUAGUCCUCUUUGGAUUCAAGUUGCUCUAUCCAAACCACUUCCAUGUUCUCCGAGGUAACCAUGAAACAGACAACAUGAACCAAAUGUAUGGCUUUGAAGGUGAGGUGAAGGCCAAGUAUACGUCGCAGAUGUUUGAGCUCUUCAGUGAGGUGUUCCAGUGGCUCCCUCUGGCACAGUGCAUCAACAGUAAAGUUUUGAUAAUGCAUGGAGGACUCUUCAGUGAAGAUGGUAUCACCCUCGAAGAUAUCAAGAAGAUUGAUCGAAAUCGGCAACCUCCAGAUUCAGGUCCAAUGUGUGACUUGCUCUGGUCAGAUCCACAGCCUCAGAAUGGGCGAUCAGUCAGCAAGCGUGGUGUCAGCUGCCAGUUUGGGCCAGAUGUCACCAAGCGAUUCCUGGAGGAGAACAAGCUGGAUUACAUAAUCAGGAGCCACGAGGUGAAGCCAGAGGGUUACGAGGUUACGCAUAAUGGCAAAUGUAUCACUGUGUUCUCUGCGCCAAACUAUUGUGAUCAAAUGGGAAACCAAGGGGCAUACAUUCACCUCAGGGGCUCGGAUCUAAAACCAUUCUUUCAUCAAUUUAAAACUGUGCCUCACCCGAAUGUUAAACCGAUGGCAUAUGCAAAUUCGCUACUGCAGCUGGGAAUGAUGUAGCAUCGGAGCAUCUGGUUUGGACAGUAAUCCCUCCCACAGGUGGGGAGGGAUGGCAUCAGGGUUUAAUUUAAUCUUCCUCACUAGAUCUGCCAUCUCUGAACCAAGUCUUCUACCUUUCUAGCACCACAGCCCUUGAUGAUGUGACCUGCCCCAUGCUGUGCUAAGUUAUGGAGUGUAAGUCAGCUCUCAGACACAUGGCUCAUGCACGGCCUGUGUUUAGACAUGCAUCCUUGCCCUUCAGCGUUUGGUUUCAAAUCAAAUCCUGAAUCACUGCACCAGUCAGACUCUGCUGAAUAAAACUAUUUAAUAUCCUAAUUGUUGCCAACCACCUUUCAUCCACCUCCCUUCUGCCGUACACCUUUCAUCUGCCUCUCUUCUGCUCAACCAGCCCAGUGGUUGAUCUUGGCCUCUGCUUCACUGCCAGAGGAGGAGAGAGGUGUGGCAGGGUCGUCAUCUGAUUGCCAGCUUUAUUUGAACAGUCAUGAGGUACUGAAUCCCUCCACUAUGUUUUCCAUUCUAUUUCUCAGUUCUGAUCUUCACCUUCCCCCAAACCCAACUAUCACAAACGUUUCAUCAGCAAAAUCCAAAAGUAUAUAUAUAAUUAAAAUUGUGAUGCUUGGUAGUUUUAUACGCAGGAAUAUCUAGUUGGCAGUGGUAUAUGGUUUGCUACUUCAGAUUGUAACUCUUGUCUUCAGCCAUUUAUCUCUGCGCCACUAGACUCCUGCCUGCAAAUCCCAGUCAGAACCUUUCAAGCAUUGGCUGUUGAUGUCUCAACUGCCUUCUGAUUCCAUGCUCGCUUGUUUCAUCUGGUUAAGGUUUUUGUCUGGCUGGUGUAUUGCAAGCAGGGUUAUGCCUGUCACUUCUGAAUGAUGAAUGGAUGAAUACUAAAGCUCUCAACCCAGAAUUGGCAACCUGUUUUCUCUAAAUUCAUGGGAAGUACGUCUUUUGUGCUUGGAGAUAAAGCCUGAAAUCCACCAAUGUGGGAGUAUUAGAUUACAUUAAAUCUAAUCUAGGUGUUUCAUUACCUUUUGAUCUUGAGCAAGCAAUGAAAGAUGGGUCUCAGCAUUGUGUUCCCUGGGCUGACAGAACCAUCAUUGAGAGGGAAGGUUCUGGAAGUAACUUUGACCACUGACUCACCCUUGUAGAUUAAGAGCUGUGGUAGCUUCCAUGGUGGCAGACCUUUUUAAAUAAAUAAAUCGAUCAAUCAAUCUUGCGCUUCUAUAGCAACUUUCACAUCCUUGGAGUUAUAAAAUGCUUCCUAGACAGAAAAGUAAACUGUAACAUGGAGUCACAACUUCCAGGAAACACACUUGCCUAUUUGUGCAGAGCCAGCUCCCACAGAAAGUAACAUAAUGGUGGCCAGUUAAACUCUGAGUGGUUAGCUUGGGCAGUGUGCUUUUGCAGGAAGGUACCAGGGCAGUGGGAAAAUAUGUUUGUUAGUUACUGAACUGAAAGGACAGAUGGGGUGGCUAAGAGUGUUCUUUGGUCAUUCAUGCUGAUGCAUCCUUUCUCUGUCUACAGUGGUGGGUCCCUUGUCAUUGAUGCACGCUGUCCAUAGAGAUGUGUCCACAUUCUUAAUUUGCUUUAGUCUGGUUUUGUGUGUCAUGUCAUUGCUUUGUUUCCAUCUCCAACGAAAGAAUUUUACUUUACGUACUGCCCACAAGCUCAUUAGAGUCUCUCACACAUGCCUGAAUUAGGAGAUUAAAUCGAUGGGUUCAAAUCAAAAGCAAUGACCAGGGUAGGAAGACAGAUACAAAUCAGAUACUUUUCCUGGCAUCUACAACUCCAUAACAUCUGGUCUGUACAGUCCAGCUUUGCCAGUGGGGAGGGAGCCUCUUAACCCCAAUCCAACCAGCAGGAAACUCCUUUACUCUUGGGUCCCUCCAUUACUUUCUUCCCUGGCUUGAGGAGCUGAGUCAAGCAUUUCCAUUGUAAUGACGAGACUCACCUGAAAGAGUAGGUGAGUGUGGUAAGCAUGGCUAACCAGAGGGUGAGGGAAGGAGAAAUUUACAGAGCAGAGACCAGGGCACUGUAUAUCAUAUCCAUUCUUCUUCACUCGGCAGUGGUAAAAGGAGCUGCAUUUUUCAACACAAUCUGCUUCGUGUGGCCUAAAAUGUUCCACCUGCUCCAUGACUUUAGAAUGUACCAACACUGGCCCCAAGUUAGUACUCUCACCACUCCCACUGAUUGUUCUGUUUGAAGUUGUACUAGUCGUUCUUAUCAUGAUUAAUUCCCCGAGACUGAGAAUAACUCAGGUUUGGGUAUAGAAUUGAUAGGUUAUAAUCGGGAGAAAGGUCUGUUCAGAUCUCAGUUUUACUCUGUAAGCCUUUCCUUUCCAACGUCAUGGUGACACUUUUGGCUUGUGUACCACUCUGCCUCCAGGUCCAAAUCCAUCCAUCCAUUCCCAACAGACAGCCUGCAAACUUCAGCCUGACAUUCCCUGUCUGGCACUGUUUUACGAGAUGUUAAACAAAGGUCUAGUCUGCACUCUGUAGGCAAUUCCCUGGGCUAUAAUUUGAGGAGGAACAGGGGAGCUGCCCCCAGUGUCCGGAGCCAACAUUUGUCCAUCAGCUAAUGCCACAAAAAAGCUAUAAUAAAACCAGAAAAAAUGCUGGAAUCACUCAACAGGGUUGGGCAGCAUCUGCGGAGAAAGAAACAGGGUUAAUAUGUUAGCUCAAAUGAUCUGAUGAAUUGUUCCUUUCUGUGUGGAUGUUGAGUGUAUCCAAUAUUUUUUCAUUUUAUUUCAGAUUUUCCAACAUCAGUCCUUUUGUUAUAUUUUCAGACUAAAAACAAAUAGCUUGGUUUUUACAACCACUGUUCCCUCUAAGCUGCGUGAGUGCGUAGCCAGGCAGUAACUGAAAUGCUCCCGUACAUGGCCUUUGUUGCCAUGCAGCUCGAACCUUUUAUACCGCUUAAUGUUUUAUUAAAGUGCCACGCCGUUUUUCCUGCUCAGAGCAAUGGUUGGUCUGCACAGCUGUGAAAAGAAUCAGGGGAACAUUGGUUACAGUGCUGCUUUUCAUAGCUUGCUGCACACAAAGUGGCUAAUAUGUUUUCCAGUCUCUACACAUCAAAGGCUGUGAAAGAAAUGUUUCUGCUCCCUUCACUACCCCAAACCGGUUCUCCAACACUGUGAAGAUUUCUAGUGUCCAUCUACCAACUGGUAGAAAGGAUCCUGUGAUUAAAAUGUAAAGAAUGUUUUCAGAGGAGGCUACAGAUAUGUACUUUGGCUUCUCUAUGUUCUGCCUUAGUGUGACCCUGAUUAAUUUUCUCUUUUGUGAUCUGUGGUUAAGCUAGUUUUGGGGGCCACACAUAUCUCUGAACAAACAGGCUAUCCUUACAAAACGCUGGAGGAGCUGAGACCCUUCAUCAGGACUGGAAAGGAAUGGGAAAGGCACCAGAAUAAAAAGCUGGGGGGGUGGGGACAAGCUAGAAGUUGAUAGGUGAAGCCAGGUGGGAAAGGUAAAGGGCUGGAGAAGAGGAAACAGAUAGGAGAGCAGAGUGGUUCGUGAGAGAAGGGGGAGAAGGACGGACAGCAGAGGGAUGUAGUAGGCAGGCGAGGAGAAUAGGUAAGAGGCCAGAGUGGGGAAUAGAAGAAGAGGGAAGGUUGGGGGGGGGGGGGAGAAAUUCAGAAAUCAUUGUUCAUGCCAUCACGUUGGAGGAUAGCUAGAUUGAAUGAGGAAUUACUCCCCAUCCUGAGAGAGGCCUCAUCAUGGCAAACAAGACCGACAUGUUGGAAUGAGAAUGGGGGAUUGGCCUCUUUGGGCAGAUAAAGCAGAGGUGCUUGACAAAGCAGUCCCCCAAUUUACAUUGAUUUCUCCUUCCAGUGACCCUUUUUCUUUUUUCCUUUUCCUCUCCUCUUCCCUCUUCCUCUAUUCCCCACUCUGGCCUCUUACCUCUUCUCACCUGCCUAUCACUUACCCCUGGUGUUUCUCCUUCCCUUUCUCCCAUGGUCCACUCUCCUCUCCUAUCAGAUUCCUUAUCCAGCAUUUUACCUUUCCCACCUGCCUGGCUUCACCUAUCAAUUCUACACUGUACUCCUUCCUCUCCCCCUAACCUUUUUUAUUCUACAUACAUCAAAGUUGCUGGUGAACGCAAC